AUGGCAGAUAGAAACACAUUGGUCACUAUGCACUAUAACGGUUCCGUGUUUACUGAUGAAAAUAUCGGUUUUUCAUUCAACGGAACAGAUACGGUGAUGUUCAAACUUCACCGAAGUUCUGAUAUCCGUCAUCUAAAAGAUAGAAUUGAAAAAAAAGUGAAUCGUUCUGUUCAGGAUAUUACUUACCGUCAACCAAUACGUAAUGGGGUAGACGAUGAUGUGUUCUACGUAAUGAUGCAGAUAGAUACAGACAGCGCAGUCAAAUCAAUGUUUCAAUGUCAUUACACAAUGCCCCAGUUGAAGACAAUUGAAUUAUAUGUUCGCCUUGAAGACGAGGCAUAUCCAACACAAUCAUCAUAUUCGCAUCAAUACGGGGUGAGCCAAACAACUGAUGAAGAAAUAACGCAAAAUAAUGAACCUUUCAUCCGGAACGAGGAGGUUGGUGAAUACAGUGACGAUGAGCUCGAUGAUGUUCGCUUUGAAGACCUAUUCGGUGAUGACGAUGACGACGGUCACGAUGAACUCAUGCAGUCAGAGGUAAUAUAUGCUCAACCCAUAAAUCUGUACAAUCCACCAGUGCAUAUGUCAAACAUAUGUAUGGAGUCUUCUCAACCCAUCUAUAUUUUUGAAAAUGAAAAACCAAACCAUAAUGGUGAAAAAUUGGAAGUAGGCUUGGUGUUUGAAAAUAAGGAAGAGUGUGUUCUUUUUUUACAACAUUGGCAUAUUAGUAACAACCUUGACUAUGCAGUAUAUAAAUUUGAUUCAGUAAGGUAUAUAAUAAAAUGUACGAACCCACAAUGCGUCUUCAAAUGUAGAGCUGCUGUGCGUAAAAAAAGCACAUUAUGGGAGAUCGCUACUAUAAAGGGAUCACACACUUGCACUACAACCUCUAUGUCACAGGAUCAUAGAAAAUUAGAUUCUGAAAUUAUUAGCCACAACAUCAGAGAACUUGUUAACAGCGACGCUUCACUGAAAGUCAAAGUUAUACAAGCCCACAUUGCUGAAAAAUACGGUUAUAGAAUCUCAUAUCGGAAAGCUUGGAUUGCAAAGAUCAAAGCUGUAGAAGCACUUUAUGGAAAUUGGGAGACGUCUUACAAUGACCUACCACAAUGGUUGUUGGUGCUGAAGACAUAUCUUCCUGGAACUGUUAUACAGUUGGAAACAUUGCCGAUUAUUACAGAUGACGGAACCCAGUUGGGUGACAAACGAAAAUUUCACCGACUUUUUUGGGCAUUUAAACCGUGUAUCCGUGGUUUUAGUUACUGUAAACCAAUCGUGCAAAUAGACGGAACCUGGUUGUACGGCAAGUACAAAGGGACUUUGUUAAUGGCUGUGGCACAAGAUGGAAAUGGUAACAUUUUUCCGAUAGCGUUUGCAUUGGUUGAAGGAGAGACAAAGGAUGGUUGGAGUUUCUUUCUCAAGAAUUUGAGAAUGCACGUGACCCCCCAGGCCAAUCUUUGUCUAAUAUCCGACCGACAUCCAUCAAUCAAGAGUGCUUACGAUGAUCCUGAAAAUGGGUGGCAGUUUCCUCCAUCUUCACAUGUUUACUGUAUCAGACAUAUUGCGCAAAACUUCAUGCGUGAGUUCAGAAACAAAGCACUACGAAAAACAGUUGUCAACAUGGGAUAUGCACUAACAGAGGCAACAUUUAACUACUAUAGGGGUGAAUUACGAAGAACAGAUAGAGCAGCUUUGGAGUGGAUUGACAAUAUUCCCAAAGCGAAUUGGUCGAGGGCGUUUGACGGAGGACAGCGGUGGGGACACAUGACCACAAAUUUAGUCGAAUCUAUGAACUCGGUACUUAAGGCUACCCGAAACCUUCCUAUUACAGCAUUGGUCAAGUCAACGUACUAUCGUCUGGGAUCGCUGUUUGGAAAACGAGGACACGAUUGGACAAAACUGUUGGCAUCCGGUCAAACUUUCACGAAAAACUGUAUCAAGGGAAUGGCCGACGAGGCUAUUAAAUCUAGCAGUCAUAACGUCAUUCAAUUUGAUCGCGAGAGAUUCUGUUUUAUGGUUGCCGAAUGCAUUAACCAACGCGAUGGCCGACCAUUAGGUACUUUUAGCGUUGAUCUCAGGAGAGGGUGGUGCGAUUGUGGGAGGUUUCAGGCAUUUCAUUUACCUUGCUCUCAUGUAAUCGCAGCAUGUGCCAGUAUACGACAGGACCAUAACAUGCACAUACCAGAUGUUUUCAAAGUUCUAAGUGUAUUCAAAGUAUACAGCCAAAGCUUCCUUGGACUACCACACCAGCAAAAUUGGCCAACAUAUGAAGGAUUCACUCUUUGCCAUGACGAGACAAUGCGAAGAAAUAAGAAAGGGCGUCCAAAUAGUACAAGAAUUACAACUGAAAUGGACGAUUUUGAGAAAGAAAAGAGAAGAUGUGGGAUUUGUCGAGAAAUCGGUCAUAUGCGGAGGAAAUGUCCGAACGUGGCAGGCCCAUCAAAUCGACCCGUCUAA